AUGACAGAUAAGAAGAAGAGGAAGAAUGAGUAUCAAGAUCCAUUUGAAGCUUAUCACAUACAGCGGGAGGCAAAUCGCCAACGUAUGAUUAAAGAAAAACGAUUGAAUGUAAUUCGAGGGGCAAGUGCUGUAAACUCUGGGACAACGCCUGCUACGCUGGUGGGAGUAGAUAAAUUAAGGUUCAAAAAAUCUAGAAAUGUUAAUUCCGGUAAUAAUAGCGCAAAGGUAUCCUUAUCGGGGUUGAGAGGCGAAUUGAUGGAACUUCACAAUAAACCAAUACAACCGCAGACUAUAAAUUCAAGUACGAAAACGCGACAUUCUCCUGAUAAUAAAUCCGGUCGCGACAUUUCAAAAAAACGACAUAAUAAACCAAUUUCAAUUUUGCAACUAAAUUCAAUUAUAAAUAAUGCUACAUUCACCUCAGGAACGGUGAGGAAUGGAUUUCAAAAUCGGUACUUGAAAAUCUCCAAAGAAAUUUUAAAUCCAGUUUUACGUCAAUUGAACAGAAAUUCAAAUAUAUCAUUGAAUACUUUCUUUAAGAAUAUCACUUAUAUUUUGAAAUGGUUAAAAUUCAAUAGGUUUGAUUAUGUAAUCGCCGACCGUAAUAUUAACCAGUAUAAAGUUCAGAUUAUUUCAAACAUGUAUACCCCACAAAAUAGACCAAAAAUCCUUAAUGUUAACGAAUUAUUGAAUAGGUUUAUAGAAAAUAACUUGAAGAAGAAAGAAGGGGAUAAGAAAAGAAAUAUGGUUGAAAAGUUUGUACAACAAAAAUAUUUUCCUCCCAUACAACUGAAGAAGAAUCAUUACAUACCGACUCAUAUGGUUGAGUCGUUUAAAAAGAUAGGUUCUUUUAUGAUUUCGGUUAAAGUGAAGAAUUUGGACAGUAAACUAUCAAAUAUUAUAUUAUUAAUGAGGGCUGAUAUUAGGUUCAAAAUUGAAAGAGAAGAUUUUCUUUUAUUAAAAGAUUCGUAUAUGCACUACCAAGAAAUUAAUGGUUGCAAAUUUCCAACGUACUUAACUUUUCAAAUCUUCAAAAAGGAUGCAAUGGAUUUUAAUUUUUUUAAAUAG